CGCGAGACCGUCCCUUCAGCGGCCAACAUGGCGUCUGCUGCGACCCUUCUGUCAGCCUCAGGUCGACACAUUUUCCCUCCUCGCCACCUCCCUUAGGCCUCUAUCCCGCUAAGUGAUGCUUGUGCUAAUCAAGAUUAUGGCCCAAGCUGUCAAUGGACCGACAAUCGGUAAGACAGCGUACCAGACGUCACCCGCUGCCCUGGUCCUCGUCUCUCAGGCUGAGGUAUGAGCGCGAGAAGUUGGAACUUCAAAAAACAGUCACAGAGCAGCUGGUGUCUGAUGUAUUUGGCCUGUAUGAAAAGUCACUGUUUGUGGACCUGAAACUUGAGGCAUCGCGAGGCAACGUUUACUGCCACCAGCUGUUCUUCGCUGCGAGGGUCCCUGCUGUAUGGCGUCUGCUGCAGGAGAUUGCAAAGUACCAAAACUGUGGACGCAAGCCAGCACGAGAUCUCGUCUGCAUUCAGCUUCCGGAUGUUGAAUACAAGGAUCUUCAGAAGUUUACACGGAGUCUUUACAGUGAGGAGAGCAGCCGUGCCUUGGGGGCAGCCUUACGUCGGAAGCUAGAGGGCAUCCUUCUGGUGCUUCAGCAGCGGGCACUCCUGCACCGCAGUCAGAUUAGGAUUGAAAAGUUGAGCUUCGAGGAGGAACAGCGCGUCCAAAGGCUCAUCUUGGAGCAGCUUCGUCUUGGGCACCUGAGUCAAAAAAAGGGGAACCUACGGGAGGUGGGCCACCACCCCCCUGGCCAUGAAGCCCCACCUCACCGCUGCCUCCACUCUGGCACCCCAUCACACACAGACUCUCUUGUCACACCCACAGCUCCAGCACUGAGGGGGAACUCCCCCACCUCUGGAUCUGUGAGACCCAAGUCUAGUCAGCGAGUCUCUGCCCAACAGUCGGAGUUGCCGACGCAUACGAUGAAUGUUACCAAUCACCCAGUCUCAGGAGUGGCCCAGCGUGGUCCUAAGGAAGGGUCAAGAGGCAGCCGUAUCAGAAACUGUAACAGUGUGGAGGACAACCUAGACAAUCAUGCCGUUCAAACCCAAAAUGGCAAGAUCCCCAACAAAGGGUCAGCAGCAGUCACCAAGCGUUCGUCUUCCCAGGAUGACAACUCUCCAGGUGCCCCGGUGUCCACCCAGGAAUCACCAGUGUUUAAUGUAUGUAUGAUAAAGGAGCUCCAGACAUCCCCCAUGCAGGUGAGUGGGGAGUCCUUGCAGGACAGAUUGCGAGAUCGGAAGGAAACCUCUCCCCACAGUUCCCAAAGGUCUUCUUACUCAGAGACAACUCCAGUAGCAGACUUUGAUCAGCCCUGUGGCAGCAAAGCUGUAUACUCUAAUGGGGAUGCAGCCCCAUGCCCUCCAGAGAGGGGAGAAGCGAAGGAGGGCCGCCCCUUAAGAUAUGGUGCCAUGUUCACCACGAAGGAGAAUGCCUUCCGUCACCAGGCAGAUGUUCUCUCCCGUCAGGAGCAGCAGCAGCAGGCUGGCCCCUCCUUUGCACUGGCAAGGCAUUGCCUGCCACAUAAGAGCCAGUCUUUUGGAGCAGAAUCUCUAGACAGUGCAGAACUGGACAACACAAGUGCCAGCAACAGUGGCAGUGAACACCGACUCAGCAAUCUCCACGAAACUUCCAGCCUCGAGGUGGAGUUGCCCAGUAGUCAUGAUGAUAACUCUAGCAGUCAUGGAUCAGAGGACAGCCCAGUGGCUGCUGGGCAGAAGUGGCAGCCAGAGAAUCCUGAGGGGAAACAUCUUCCUGAUGGUGGGCCAGAAAGAAACAGUAACUGGCUAAGAGAGCAGGAUCGGGACGGGAAGGCUCCAGCUCUACCUCAGGAGCCUAUAAGGCCCUUGGUCAGAGCCAGAACGUUUGAGGUUCUUGAAGGGGCAGUAGAUGGCUCCCCAUGUGAGCCCCGGCCAGAACCCCGAAGUCGUGCAAGUAGAGGUCUCAAGCAUGAACUCUCUGAGCACUCUGCAAGCUGUGCCGCCACCAACUCCCCCAAGAGGAACAGGGCGGGCCAAGGCAGUGGUGGCCGGGAGAGGAAGGCAUCCGUAGAGAGUGUCUCCUUUCAAGAUGGUACAGAAGACCCAGAGAGGUUGAGGGAGUUGGAACGCAAAAAGGGCUCCCUAAUCUUUGAGCACAACUUCCAGACCUAUUCCAACAUCCCUUCCACCAACAUGAUGACGGCCAGCAUGAUGACUGCCAGCCUCAGCUCUGAGAGUGGCAGCGUGGGUAUGACUGGGUCCCUCUACAGCAGCAUGGUAGACAGUGCCCUGUUGGGAAGUAUCCACUCAUUGGGAGCACUGGAGGCCAGCUCUGCUGACCCUGUCCCUCGCCCAGCUUCCGUUGCUCUUCCAGUGAUGCACCCGACUGAUGACUCUGGCAUGGAGGCCGCCCACCCAUCAAGGCACCCCUUCCCAAGGUCUGAGAGGAGCACAGAGCUCAUGGAGAUACAACAGAAGAUCACAGAGAGGGAGGAGGCCACUCGGUCACCCUCCCCUGACUCCCUUAGCAUGGAUAUGGCUGCCCAGAGAGGUGCAGAAUCUGCCUCAAAGACUGGAGUCAGCCAGCUGGAGGGCAGCACGACCAGUAACAAAGAGGAGAUGGAUAAUGAAGAGAAGGAGCGUGAUGAGCAGGAGACAGAGAGCAAACCUGUUGAUGGUGCCAGUGCUGCAGCAGGUAGCAGUACUGAACACAAGGUGGAGAGGAGAGAAAUGCCUAUUGAUGAGGCAUUUGGCUCCAAGACCUUCACUGGGAGUCCCAGGCAUAGCCGGGACCUCUCAGAGAACACCCCUAUUAUCUCGGGGGGCUCCACUCUCAAGCGAGAAAAGGAUGCUGCUGGUGAAAGGAAGUCUGCAGCCAAGUGUGAGCGUCAGGUGAGCAUUGGUUCAGUGAAAGAUGUGGACUCUAUUCCACUAGUGUUUGGCUACAUUGGCCCACAGGAUGAGGAAGAGGGUGCUGAAGGCCAGGCCAAGGGAGAGGAUGCUGGUGAGACAGGGAAAGACAAAGAUGAAGAAAAGCACCAGAGCAUAUUCCCCAUGUUUAUUGAUUUCAAAGACAUUCCCAGCCCGGCUGAGGAGCCCAAGCCAGCUGAAAAAGAGGCUGCUACCAAGCCUAAGGGCCCUUCCUCUGCUGUGUACAUGUACAUUGAGGCUGACUCUCCCUCACCAAAGAUACGGAGAAAACGCAGGUCAGAAAGUGAUGGUGGUGCCAUGACCAGACCCAGUGAAGCUCAGGCACAGGAGUUUACUUCCCUCCCACCUGUGUUAACAGCAACACCAGAUGUUAAUAGGACGGAGAAUGCCACCAAGAAAGUGUUGGAGAAGAAGAGGGAAGAUCGUGAAAGGGUGAGAGAGGAAAACAAGGAAGGUAGGGAAGGGAAAGAAGGCAAGGAGGGUAAAGAGAAGAAGGGCUUUUUCAUGUUCAUUGAGGCAGAGUCAUCAUCGAAGUCAGGUUCCCCGAAGACCAAGAGGCGGCCAGUGGCUCCACCCGCCAAGAAGCGUCCUGAGGGAGCCAUGACACGCUCGGCUCCCAGUGACUCCAUCCUCUUCUCAUCACCUGAUUCCAGUCGACUCAUGACCAAGUCUGUGAUUGGCCGCGAGGAGUUCAUAUCCCAGCCACCGGCCCGGAAAAAUGUGAGCCUCAACGACAAGAUCAACGAGUCAUCAGGGAGGGACGGCUUUGUGUCUGGCAUCCCACGACCUAUCCACACCCUCAAGGCAGCUAAAGGCUCUUCCAGGGCAAGCAAGGUGAGAUCAGUUGGCCAAAAGGCAGACUUGACCACCCGGAAACGCGACACCUCAGCCACCAGGACCAAGGAGGAGCACACCACCUCUGAGGCGCAUGACCUUGCUACCUCAAGAGACAUUUCUUUGUCAGAGCUCGGCCCAACUCAGAGUUCUUCCUCAGAGGAGACAACAGCACCUAGCAAGAUGCCCGAGGCUGUGGAGGCAGAGGAUGCAGUAUCAGAUGUGAGCAGCCUCCUGAGCAGCCUGGAUCGCUCAAACAACCCCUCAGAUCAAGGCAGUUCCGAGCACAAGUCCAAGCUGGGAGAGGACUUGCUGCGGAUGUUUCUGAAUGAGGUCAACACUGAUGUCACCAUUCAGAUUGGAGAGAAGCGCAUCCGUGCCCACAAAUGCAUCUUGGCCUCGAGGUGCGUGUACUUUGCUGCCAUGCUCUCAGGGCACUGGGUGGAGAGUGCCGGCAAUGUCAUCAAGCUCCAGGGGUUUUCAGCUGAGGCUGUCCAGGUGGCCCUGAAGCACAUCUACAGUGGCACCAGCACAGUCCCUGAGGGGGUAAGGGUUGGGGAGCUGGCGGCCCUGGCUGACAUGCUGGCUCUUGACGGCCUGAAGGAUGUGAUCAUGCUCCACCUCAAAGCCAAAAUGUGCCACUAUUUCCACAAGCCGUGCUCAGGGUGUCUGGAGGGGGUGUUGGACGUGCUUCCCAUUGCCGGGGCAUACUGCCUGGAUGAGCUGUACCACCGGUGCCUGCGCUGGGUGGCCAAACACUUUGUUGUUGUCCUGCCCACCAGGAACUAUGCUGCUCUGCCCCCGGAGGUGCAGGACAGGUGCCUUAAACAGCUGCUGGAUGACAUGAGUGUGAGCAACGUGCUGGAGACUGCCUUGGGAUGUGAGAGAGUGCUGUCCUCUCUGCCGAUGGUGCGCUGGGCCCAGCCAGUGUUUGACUCGGCUGCUCAGCUCCUUGAGUCGGCAACAAGCUUCAUUGCUGCCAACAUGAGUGGAGUGUUGGCCUCAGACAGGUUCUUGGCACUGGGCCAUGACAGUGGGUGGAGCAUAGAGAGCCUGCAGGACACAAUGAGGGUGGCUUGUGAGCUGAUCCGACCCGACCAGGCUGUGUUGUCUCAUCUCCAGCUCACUCAGCUCAUAGAGGAGAGCCAAGAAGAGGGGGCUCCAGAGAUGUCAGAGACAUACCUGACCUUCCUGGAGACCCUGCUGAACCAGGUGGAAAAGUUCAUGGUCCACAAUGCAAAUCGAGUGGCCGUGUGUCGGAAAUGGCCACUGCUCGCACCAUCCAUACAGCGACGCAUCAAGGACGCCGCGCUGGUGGUGGUGGAGUUCUCACGGCCCAUUGGACCUCGCCCCAAGCUUUCCUCUGCCAACAGGAGAGUGCGGGGGUCAAGCAGCGACGGCAGCCGGACUCCCGGUCGGCCAGGUGACCACAGGUUAAUGCGCAGUGCCAGUGCCACCGCUGUCCCCAGCUCUCAGCGGCCAGGGACCAGGCGAACCCCAGUGGGUGGCCAGGACCCGGGCCGUUGCCACACUCCCCCAGCCAGCGGGCCCCGUCCACGCACCCACACCCCACCACCCACCCGGGCCUCCACCCUUCGUGCACAGGCCAGGCAGGUGGCCAUCCAGAGAUCCCAGUCAGCACGCACAGUGGCUGAACGGCCCAGAAGGGCACGACCUGGUAAUGACACCUCGACAGAUGAGGAGACCCAGUCCACCACCAAGAGGACCAUUCCCACAGGGGGCUUCACCCGGGGAGCCACCUUCACCCGUUCCCUGUCCCGGACUGAGCCCUCCUCCACCCGCCCCCUCCCCCACACCCCCACCAAGGCAACAGGACCCUCAUCCUCCUCACGACCCCGCACCCCAGGAUCCUCAGAGGGCUCCCAGCUGCCUCGGAGAACCUCUGCCUCACAGCGCACACCCAGCCACACUACCACAGGGAGCUCUGCCUCAGAGGAUGAAAUACCCCACAGAAAGUCCAGCCACACCCCAAGAAGCCAAAGUCUGACUCCAGUGCACAAGGGAGGCGACACAAAGCUUGGCCGCACCCCAUCAGUGGAGACCAGAUGCCGCACGCCCACACAGCUGCAGCAUCGGGCAGAGCUCCGCGGCAGCACCAACAACCUCAGCAGGUCGGCAAGCAGCACCACCACCAACAAUCUCAGCAAAACAGGAGGAGGAGGAGGCAGCAACAACCUCAGCAGGACAGGAGGAGGAGGAGGAGGCAGCACCAAUAAUCUCAGCAGGUCAGCAAGCAGCACCACCACCAACAACCUCAGCAAGACAGGAGGGGGAGGUAGCACGAACAACCUCAGCAGAGUGGGAGGAGGAGGAGGCAGCACCAACAAUCUCAGCAGGUCAGGAGGAGGCACCAACAGCCUCAGCAGAUCAGCAGGAAGCUCCACCCUUCAGGAGAACAGACUGACCCCCAGCAACCAGUCAGAAGGUAACACCCAUGCCCCGAGGACCCCAAGAGACCCUCGGAAACAAAUAGACGUCAAGAAUGGAAACAUAGCACGGCCCAGAGUGGCAGCUCAGGGCCGCAGGUGCAUGCGUUCACCCAUGAGGGACCAGGGGCGUGCAGCUGGGCUUGGGGCAGGGAGAGGAUCCAGCCCCACCUCCUCCCUCCACCUCUCCUCUGAGGGAAGAAGUCGAUCCUCCAGUGUGACGAGCAGGCCAGGAGGAGCCACAGGAGUGACCACUAACUUCAAUGCCACCCCUCCUGCUGUGGGCAGCCGCUCAAACACCUUCUGUAAGGAGGACAACACUAAUGCCACCAGGAAGACUCCUCUAUCGUAAUCCCUUCCCCUGCCUCCUCCUCUUUCUCUCCCUGCCACCCUUCAGCAUUAUUUCCAGCUUUACAUUUUGUUCCUUGUUUUGGUUCCAAAGAUGUUGAAAAGUCCAUUUAUCUUUUUUUCUGACAGGAAGGCAAAUGCUAUCAUAAUUCCUUUCUUGACUUCUCUAUCCCCAUUCAGCUUUGUAGUUUUACCUUUUCACUUAUGUUGUUCCUCAUUUUGGCUUCAAAGUGAUGAAUGGGUCCAUUUCCCUCUUUAUUUUUGACAGUAAGAUAAUUUUGCUUUCUAUUUAUGCUUGUGUUUCUUAUUCCUUAUUUUCACAGGUCUCCCAGUUAGCAAGCCAGUAUUAGUAGUCUCCGUGCCAUGUGAUUUAUUGACUAUUCCAUGUCUGUUUCUGUUCUCUAGCCUAGACUCGUCCAUGUGUUUCUCUUCAAUCAUGUUGUAAUCUGCCUCAUAUAGUUUUAUUAUAUAUAUAUUAAUAUAUUUAUACAUUUUCACACCCAUAUUUCUCUGUUUUGAUUUUUAAUUUAGUUUUAUAAAGUAAUAUAUUCUAUAACCCAAUUAUCUUCCGAAAUAGGGGGUGAUGUAGAUGACAGUAUUCUAGAGCAUUUUAUACUUCUGUGUGAUAAGUUAAUGCAUUCUUAUUUAUUACAGGAGGCCAAAGCUCUCACCUCAUUCUACUAUAUCUUAUAUUACAAGUUAUAAAGGCUUCAGAGCCAUAGGAAGGACUGGCAUGAAUAGAUUACUUUUUCAGUCAGGAUUAUUUCCAGCUCAGAAACAGCUGCAUGAAAGCUGCUCUAAUGUGCCAUAGCAGUGUCAGUGCUAAGCAAUAUAUAAGCAUCGAGAAAUACACAGUGUAAUGCAAUAUUUGGCUAUGCCAGUGCAGGCUUGCAUAUCAGCCGCAGGUAUGAAUUGUCAGCCUCUAGUCAGUCACUGUAGCUGAGCUUAAGUGAGAAGCUGUAACUGAGAGAUGACUUACUUAGUGCCAUAACAUGCAUAUAACUAGUGGCCAUGCUCCCAGCUCUUUGGAGUCGCAGAUUUUUAGUAAUAAAUACGAAGUAUAAUUUUACAUGUUACCUAGACUAGAUUCCAGUGGCUUUACUAUGGUAGACAUGUUUUAAGUACAGACUAAGAUAGGCUGUAUGUGGAUGUAUGUGACUAGUAUUAGCUUAGACGUGAUAUUAGAGGAAUUAUAUUUGACUGAUGGGAUACCAAGACCUUAAAAGAGAAAGGCAAGUUGUAAAAGCCUAAACACAUGGUAGGCUCAGCUGUGUUGGGAAGAGAGGGAGGAGCAUACAUACUCAGAGUCAGAAGAGAGUGAGAAGAGUAGGAUAAGAGGCAGCUGUGCAGUGUUUACAGGGGACAGUUGAAGGGAGAGGGAUGCUGGGAUAGUGUGUGUUUGAGGUCUCCAUAGUUUCCCAAGAUACUGAAUGUGAUGAAUACUUGUGUGAUUUGGAUUAUCAGCUAAUGUAUGCUGAUGGAGAGACAUCUAUUAUACACACAACUAACACCAUGCCAUGAUGAACUAAUUUUUUAAUGCUGCAUGCAGGAAAACCAUUGUAAAUGGUGCUUUGCAUUCAUAUUCAUAGCUGCUGUGUACCAAAGAUAUCGCUCUCAUCUACUGAUUCUUUGCUGCAAUGAUUGCUUUUCUGAUAUCUGUGAUAUUUCUAUGUAAGUAUUUAUAUUAGUUAUAAAUAGAUUUGCAUGUGCACAAAGGUUUUAUUUUUUUUAUCUUCAGUUGAAUCUUGUAGAUGUGUGUACAUAUGUCUAAUCAAAGUCAGUUAUUUUGUUUGAGCAAUAAUUCUUUUAAUUUUGUGUUGACAGAAAGUUUGGCAGAGACAGUUAGAGAUGAUCCAAUAUUUUGAAGUUUUUGUACAUACUAUUGGUACAAAGCAUGUGUUCCCAGGUACAUACAUAAGCUAAUAUGUGAUUUUUGUAUAAAAAAUUCCACCCCGGUUUCAAAGUUACCCAUUAUUUUAAGAACAACUUUGCCUUGAUAAAGAAUAUGUGAAUCUUUUACCUUGAAUGACUCAGAGGACAACAAAUUGAUAUCUUACGUCUUCUGUAUAUACUGAUGCUCUCUGAGAACAAAGUGUGAGGUAUGGCAUUUGAUUUUUAUGUCAUUUUUGUAUUUGACUUAUGCUCUUUCUGUGGAGUAUUCAAGUGCCAAGGCAACACAUGACUUCAGAAGAAGGAUUUAAGUGUCUGAAGUAUUUAUUACUUUAAGCUUCUUUAAGGUGAUGAUUAGUAGUAUUUUUUCCAUGGAAUGCCAAAAGCCUUGGAGUUAUCUGAUUAUCAAAAGGCUGGCAGUAUUUUUUCUAAGCCUCAGUUACUAUUGUUUAAGGCUACUAUUACUACCAUGUACUACUACUUACUAACCUGGCUUACAGUUCCAUGACUAUGACUAUAACAUGUGCCUCAUUAUGAUCUGAACUUUAAUAUUAUUUUUAUAAUAUUUUGCCAGAAUAUGCCAUUUUAAGUUUAUAAUUACUUUGAGUCUGCCUAGUACAUGAUUCAAAGUUUGUUACAAAGAAACAGAUCAUCCAUAUUAGAUGAUCAUAAACAGGUGUUAAGACAUAUUCCUGUUAUCUCUUGCAUUACAAUUUUCAUGAUUUUCAGUUUGUAAAAAGUAGUUCUGGCAAAGCUAUUUCCUUCAACAAAUUAUUAAGUUUAUACAAAAUUUUCAAGAUAAUUGACUGUAAUGGUUAAGAUGUGCUAAAACCCUUCAUUUUGAUGAAUAUUCAUGUGACUCAUUCCAAUCAGUGUCAUUAUUUUGGCUGCCAAGACUUGUAUGUUGUGUUUAGUCUCUCGCUAGUCCGGUGUGAGCGUGUGUGAAGGAGUGAAAGUCAACUAUAACAAACAUCAGUACUUUAACAAGACUAUAAAAUAAAAGCUCUUAUUUCA